GUUGUCAAGGCUUUGGGGCUUCAUUCACCAUUUUGCGACUGUAGAGUAGAAUGUACAGGGCAGUAGUUUUUCCUCCUUUUAAGUUGCUUUGCCGGAGAAACAUGAACGGCCGCUAAUUGGCAGCUGCGGACGACCGGCCACCCUGCCCUAUCUCAUCCGGCGGACGCAGCAGAGAACCACGUCGGGGUACUAUAUUAGCUCUGAGUCUCUGGAAUAAGGUGGGCAAGUGCCGAAGUCGCACAACCAAGACAAGACAGGAUGAGAGAGGGAGGCCCCGGCAGAGGAGGAAAAUAGAGAGACUAGAAAGGAGGGGGAAGAAGAAGAAGAUAAAAACGAGGCAGAGCAACACAGGAACGCCAAAGAAAAUCUCUGGGAUAAAUAAAUAAAAUACUUGUUUGGAGGAAAAGGCGAGCUAGAUGAAAAGAUGAAGCCGAUAAAAAAGCAGGGCCGGCGCUCUCCUCCCUCCACCCGGGCCAAAGGGGGAAAGCGUCGCGGAGCGGGGGAUGCCCCAGAAGGAGGGGAGAAGAGAGACUCAGACGAGAGCAGAGACAGAAGCAGAUCCCCACAAAACCGAAAACCCUCCUCUGCAUUUUCUCCUAAUUCACAUUCAGAGUCCAUAACGACGGAUCUACUUAGAGCACGGGACACUUCAGAGGGGGAGGGGCUUCACAGAGAAGGACUGUCAGAAACGACAGUGUCGCUUGUGAUGGAUUCUGGGAAGAUUUUGACAUCUUCAGACGACAGAUCAGGGAGGUCAGCUGUGAGCAUUGACAGUGCGGGUAGCAGUUGUAGUAACAGUAGUACGCCCAGCGCCAACAACAGCCCAAACCCCGCAUCCAGCCGAAAAACUGCCACCUUUAAAGCCCGCGUUCCCAAGAAGAAGUACACUUCUGAACACUGCUUGUCUGCUACUGGUAACCAUAGCAACCUUUCCUCCAGCACGCCUCCUCCACUUUCUCUUAGUGGUGGUGUCAUCAACCACGGGUCAACGGGUUCAGGAAGCGACAUCUGUGUCUCCCACUCUGAUGGCAUCAGUCAGAGCCGGAGCCUGAUGGACGACUUCCACAGCAGGACCGCUGGCAGGGAGGGGCCUCAGUGCAGCUCCCCAGGACCCCCUACCCUGACGCUGGGAGGGGACAGGGACAGACCACCAGGAUGUGAAGGGGUGAGGGAUGUAGAGCGAGUGUUGCCCAGCCCCUUGCCUCGCUGCUCCUCUACAGACACUGCAAGCGAGCACUCAGCUGACCUGGAGGUAGUCGGCGAGUCACACGCCCCCACGCAGAUGUCUUCACAUGCUCCACCCAGUCUCCCUGAUGCUCUGUCUGAUGCCCUGGCCAAAGGGCUGAAGAAUCAGCGUAUCCUUGCCCGCCAGCUCAGGCGAAGAGAGGACGAGGAUGGAGGAGGUGAAAGGAGGGAUGAAGGAUUUUCAGAUCUGGUGUUCCGGGCUGGAGUCGUCCGCAAGGUCAGCGGUGAAUUUGGAAGCCUGGAGGUGCAGCUGAAUGGUGAGAAGACGCUGUGCCGUUAUCCGUAUCGACAUGACAGCCCACCAGGGGUGGUAGACAUUAUACUAGAUGCCCAGCCUCCUGGUGUACAUCCAAUAUCUAUUGGCACUCGUGUAUGCGUGCCAUUUGGCAACGAGGAGGGCAGCGAGGGCCAGUGGCAGUGGUACCGGGAAGGUGUGGUGACCCAGGUGGACACACACCCUGCUGUUGCCAACCGCUACCGUGUCCUGCUGUCCGAGGAAAGAGCUGACUCUGUGGAGGAGGAAGAAGAAGGCAGUGGGACAGGUGUGGGCCCCCAGGCAGUGUGGGUGUCCCGACAGACACUCAGGCUCCUGGUUCCACCUUGGGACCUGGAUCUGCCUCCUGGAGGAGGACAAGAUGGAGACGAGGAGGUCAGAGACAAAGAAAGGGAGCGGGAGGACAGGGAGGAGAUAGAUGUGGAGCAGGAGGUGUGUCGUCUGAGCCGGGGAAUGACGCCCAGCGUGGGGAGAGGAAUCCCCUACCCUGGCACCGUCCCUGUUUCCUCCACAUUGGGCCACAACAUCCCCACCCCAGUAACCCCGGUGUCCGUGCUCAGCCUGGCACCAAGCAGAGAGUGGGAAAUAGAGCAAGACGUAGAGAGGGAGAGGGACCUCCAGAGACAACAGGAAAGAGAGAGGGAAAGAGAGCGAGAAAGGGAGAACUCUGCAAUGCAGCAUCGCCAACAACAGCAGCAACACCACCCGUACAUGCCACUCACCCCUGAAGAAGACAUGGAGGUGUCCCUGUUUAACAUGCUCCCAAUGGGGGCCAUCCUACCUGGGGCAAAACCAAUGGCACUUCCCCAACACCGCCACAUUGUCUCUAAGCCCCCGCCUGGCUACCUCAACCACUUGUCUGUGGUGCGGGGUAUCGGGAUACCCACUGCCCACCUGGCUUUGAACCCCCUUUGCCCUCCAUCACCUGUCCUAAUAGGCCUUGACCCAACAACUGCAGCAGUCAUUAACUCCCCUCAGCUCCCUCCAAUCUCUUCUUCCACUGCAUCCUCCAGAGUAGAGAAGGCCUCAGGAGGAGGUGCUUCCGGUGGAGGAGGAGGCGGUGGAUCCGGAUCGGGUUCAACAUCCUCCUCUUCCUCACGUUCUCGCACCCCUCUGACAGCUGCCCAGCAAAAGUACAAGAAGGGAGAUGUGGUGUGCACGCCAACGGGCAUCCGUAAGAAGUUCAACGGAAAGCAAUGGAGGAGGCUGUGCUCCAGGGAGGGCUGCUCCAAAGAGUCUCAGCGCCGGGGAUACUGCUCCAGACACCUCUCCAUGAGGACCAAGGAGAUGGAGGCCAGCGGAGGUGGCCGGGAACGGGGCGGAGCCAGCAGCACGGGGACCCUUACGCCGUCUGACCUCCGAAUGAGUGGUGGGAGAGCAAGCUCAGAGUUCGACUGGGACGAGACGUCACGCGAGAGCAGCGAGGCAAGCAGCCGCGGGGGAGACUCCCGCCCCCGCCUGGUCCUUCCCUCCCUGCUCCCCCAAGACCUCUCUCGAUUUGACUUUGACGAGUGUGAGGCAGCGACCAUGCUGGUCUCUCUGGGGGGCUCCCGCUCAGGUACACCCUCAUACUCCCCUAUCUCCAACCAGUCACCCUUCUCCCCUACCCCAUCACCCUCACCCUCUCCGCUCUUCGGCUUCCGCCCUGCUAAUUUCAGCCCCAUCACGGCUCCUGCCUUGCUUACUCCACGCCGCCACCGUCAGCUUAGCGGCACUAAGAUGGGCACACCAGGUGUCGAGCGAGAGCGCCACCUGUCGGGGAUCGUGCCCACAUUUCAGACCAAUCUCACUUUCACAGUACCCAUGAGCCCCAGCAAGAGGAAGCUCGACAACCACCCGCCCCCCCCGCUGCCUACAAUCCAGGACUAUCUGAUCAAACCUGAGCAUCAGCAGCUGUUAGGGGGAGUUAUGGUGGGAGACCCAACCCUGGGACACAGCCCUGCCGCCUUCAGAGUCCUCUCCCCCCAGAGUCAGCCCACGACCCCUUCCUCACUUUCCUUCCCCCGGCCUCGUAGCGCCACCAGCAGGCCACCGUCCUCCACUGCCUCUACCCCUCCACCCAUGCUUGUUUCUCCCACUCCUCCCUCACCACUGCCCCAGGAACCGUCCCCACGCCGCAUCGUGCCCCUCCGUGAUUCCCCAGUCAUCGUUCGAAACCCUGAUGUCCCCCUUGCCAAGUUCUCGGAUGGACCGUUAGGGAGGAGGGAGAGGAGCAGGUCCAGAGAGCACAGUCAGCCCCAACACACAGCUACACCCGGCCUGCAGGUCCCCGUCCCCAUCAACGGGGCCACCACCAACGGGGCAGUUCUGCUGAGAAACCCCACAUCCACACUGGUCCUGGUCACCUCCAGCUCGUCUCUGACUCCAGCCUCAAUGGGCCACGCUGCCCUGUCCAGCCCCUCUACCAUGCCCACCUCAUCGGGCUCCAUCCUGUCCUCCUCUGGCUUUGGAGGCCGGGAGCGGGAGAGGAAACCUGAGGGACACCAGGAUGCCUCUGAGUGGGGGCUGCCGCAGCCGGUAGCCUGCCACCCCACUCCAACUGCCCUGCUGCCGCUCAUACUGCCAGCUGAUUCUCCUCACCCCGCACCACGCAAGCAGAUCAUCAUGGGACGGCCCGGCACAGGUGAGUAAGGCAGGGCGCGUGAAAAAGGGAUUAUCAUUAUGGCACUGUGGCUUUGACCUUUGUUCACGUCUGAUAAAAAGUCUGCUCAGGCACACUUCUGCCAUAUUGUAAGGUGUUAUGGGAUGUGCAGGCUGAAGCUUGCGUACCCUAGCACAGUUAUUCUCACUUUCAUUAUCUCUAUACAGUUACAGGAGGGCCAUCAGACUGCU